CACUGGUGUGUUUACCAGCAGAGCAGAAGCUGCAUGUGUGUGGACGUGUGGUCUCCUCUCUGUGCUGGGGAACAUGGUGGACAUCCCUCCCGGCUCGGUGGCUUCCUCUCUGUGUGCUGCGUCGCCGCCUCGAACACACAGCGGGCAGCGAGCGUAAACGUGCAACUUCCGCCUUUUGACACCAUCUCCCUCAAGCCUCCCUCCAUUCCCCAGCCCUCCAGCCCGCCGCCUCGUCCACUCACACACGUUGUUUCCUGCUGCAGGCUGAGGCGUGCACACACACACACACACACACACACAACACACAGCUGCAGCAGAAGAGAACCAGUCCCUGAAGCACUCCCAUCAUCAUCAUCUCCUGCUGCACCAAUCAGAAGAUGGACUAACAUUUAAAAAACACUUACCAGCUCCUCAGCGUAUCCCUCACCUGAAGGGCCCCUGAGCACGCAGCAGGAUGUCAAACAGCAGGCAGUCUGCCCGGCAUCCGCUGUGGCACCUCCUGCCGCCGUUCAGCACGCGGCAGGAGCGAGUGGUGCUGGCCCGCAGCGAGAGCCAGCCAGGGGAACAUGUCCUGAAGAUCACAGUCACAGAGACCACAGUAAUCGAGAAUGAGUCUGGGGUGUGGAACUGGCGCUCACUCACCUACCUGGGCCUCUGGUACUUCUUCAGCUUCUGCACUCUGUUCCUCAACAAAUACAUCCUGUCAUUGUUGGAGGGGGAGCCCAGCAUGCUGGGUGCUGUUCAGAUGGUGUCCACCACGGUCAUUGGCUUCCUGAAGAUGUAUGUCCCCUGUUGCCUGUACCAGCACAAGACCAGAACCGAGUACCCUCCCAACUUCAUCAUGAUCAUGUUAUUUGUUGGACUCAUCAGGUUCACCAGCGUGGUUCUGGGCCUGGUGAGCCUGAAGAAUGUGGCAGUGUCGUUUGCAGAGACGGUGAAGAGCUCAGCGCCCAUCUUCACUGUCAUCAUGUCCCGGCUGAUCCUCGGGGAGUACACAGGACUGUGGGUGAACCUGUCCUUGUUCCCUGUCAUGGCCGGCCUGGCCCUCUGCACAGCCACAGAGAUCAGCUUCAACAUGCUUGGCUUCUCUGCCGCGCUCUCCACCAACGUCAUGGACUGUUUACAGAACGUGUUCUCUAAAAAGCUGCUCAGCGGAGACACAUACAAGUUCAGCCCUCCAGAGCUGCAGUUCUACACCAGUGCAGCAGCAGUCAUCAUGCUUAUACCUGCCUGGGUGUUCCUCAUGGACCUUCCGGUGCUUGGGAAGAAUGGGCGAAGCUUUAUCUUCAGUCAAGACAUAGUCCUGUUGCUGCUAUUUGACGGCGGCCUGUUCCACCUGCAGAGCGUCACCGCCUAUGCUCUCAUGGGUCGGAUUUCCCCUGUUACAUUCAGUGUUGCCAGUACUGUCAAGCACGCCCUCUCAGUGUGGAUGAGCAUCAUCGUGUUCAGUAACAAGAUCACAGUCCUCAACGCCGCUGGCACCGUCUUCGUGUUCAUCGGGGUCUUCUUUUACAACAAGGCCAGACAGAUCCAGAGACUGAGCUUACAGGCGAUGGCUGCCGCGCAGAACCAGAAACCACUACCGGACCACCAGGACUUCCUCGCUGCUCAGACUCACAAAGAUUUCGGCACUUGAAAGACAGACGUGCUGCUUGAAAUGGGAUCAAAUUAUCAAACGAUGAUCUGUUUGCUCGCCUGUGGCUGUCCAGACGGGAUGACUGGAUAUUUACAAAAGAGAAGCAUCAAUAUGCAACCUUUGCUCGGCAACAAGAGGUGAUUGAUUCCAUUGGUCUGAAAGUCCAUGCAGCUAAAAGUUUCAGUCUGCAGCUUUUAGUGGCAUUUAGCAGUUAAGUUGCACACUGCAAACAACUGCCCCCUACCCCUCCCCGGCUACCGUUGAAACUUGGCGGUUCAACAUGUCAGACUAUGUGACACAAGGAGUUUUAGCUGAUUUAUACUAAUAUAAACAUAGUUAUAAACAUUAUAUUCCAUUUCUGUUGUGAGGUCCAUGUGAAUCCUACACACCGGACCUUUUCAUUGAUUUUCAUGGACAGAAAAACAAAGCCUGUCACCAUCUCUUGAUCUGAGCGACGACUGUGAAGUUCCACUGACUGAACUGAAACCCAGCCAAACGGUUUAUAUUCCUCAUGAUCACCAGCUUCCAGAAUCGGACCACACUCUGAAUUAUUUGAAAAGUUUUCACACUGAACGUCGGAGAUGAGUUUUUUAUUCUGUCAACUUUUUACACUUCAGCUUUCCUGUUAACCUGCUGCGCCUGUUUCCAGCAGUUUAAGCCGCUGAAGUAACGGGAUGAAAGAUGGCCCAGAAUAUUUUUUCACGCUGCAAUAGUUUCGUAAAAUUGCUUUAAAGAAAAACCACUAAUGUUUUUUUAUAUUCAGUGUCAAUGUCAUGUCUUAAUGCUAGAAGAAGACUUUGGUGUGUGGCUUGGCUCAGGUCACUGGUCUGACCAUGUCAACACUAGUCCUGUGGAACAGAAUCUUUCUUUGUCCUUUAUAAUCCUCCCUGAAUCUAUGCUUUGUUGAAAACUGGUUUUUAAAAUGAGGGAGCUCCGGGUUCUCUGAAGGAAGGGACUUCUGUAAACUUUUCGUUUUACAAUUCCAGUGCCAGCUGACUUUUGAUCUCAUCUGUGGUACAGCAGCUGCUGAAUGUAGUGUGCUAUAGCGAGUAGGAGAGCAUCGAAGCUGUAAGAUUUGACUGUUGUGACGGGGUAACCGACAAUGUCAUGUUUGAACUGUGAACAAGGCACAAAUGCCUGAGAUGUGAGGCUGUUUGGAGGUUUGUUGAGCCAAAGCUAAGCCUGGUUGACCUUCUCUUUUACAGUUGUUUUCUCCUUGUGCAAAGAGAAAUUAAUAGCAACGUAACAUGUGCUCAUUUGUUUUACCUCCAUACAAAGUAAAUCGUGUUUAUUUAGUAGUCAUCUGACUGAUUGACAGUCACAUUGUACAAAUAUCUCAGGUGAUUGCUGUGUUAUCAGAAACAAAUACAAAACUUAGUUGUAGGGAACCGGUUUUCUUAAAAAGCUUUAUGACCCCUUUUCAUUUAAUGUAAAACAUAUUUCUAUGUGCUACCGCGUGGCCUACUCUUAACGUUCAAGAUUUCAGGAUAAGAGCUGAAACAACAUAAUUAAAGUUCACAUUCACCAGGUGAUACCAGCGCCUCCCUUUGUGUUCUUCUAACAACACAUUAGUGCCGCUUUUAUCAUCUGGCCAAAAAUAAACGGCAGGGGACUUAUAAUCCAUUCAUGAUGUUUAUUCUCAGAUUGCAGCUUCAAUCAAACAGCUUCUAGUCUGCUGCUCUGCUCAUGUGUCCAGGCCUCUUUCUGUUUAUCUUCUACUUGAUUCGUUAGUGAGUGACAAAGUCCAUCAGGUCCCUGAUAGGACACAUCUUUGGUAAUUAUUGUCACACAGUAACAUGUUUUCUCUUUUCAAAUGUAUUUUUAUCAAAUGUUUUACAUAUGCUUAACUUUUUGUGCCUCAGCAAAACUUGUUCAUUCUUUUCUGAUUUGAACAUUUUAUGAAUUUAUGUAAUAAACAUGUUCAUUCUA